GCAUUCACGAUUUAAAUACGGACGUUCCUGACUCGACAUUUAUCAGUUUUUCUCCGGAUCAACCUGAACUCGACAACAUGAGUGGACGCGGCAAAGGAGGCAAGGGACUCGGAAAAGGAGGCGCCAAGCGUCACCGUAAAGUUCUCCGUGAUAACAUCCAGGGAAUCACCAAGCCCGCCAUCCGCCGUCUGGCUCGCCGUGGCGGAGUCAAGCGUAUCUCCGGUCUCAUCUACGAGGAGACCCGCGGUGUGCUCAAGGUCUUCCUGGAGAACGUGAUCCGUGACGCCGUCACCUACACCGAGCACGCCAAGAGGAAGACGGUGACCGCCAUGGAUGUGGUCUAUGCCCUGAAGAGACAGGGCCGCACCCUGUACGGCUUCGGAGGUUAAACGUGUCACCACAGCUCCCAACAACACAACGGCUCUUUUAAGAGCCACACAACUCUUCUACAGAGAAUAAUCCUUUUAUAUUUAAUAUUGGUAUCCUAUUACUGUGUAAGCUUAAAUGUGAGGAUAUAAACAUUGAAAAUCAUAAGUGACUUAACAUUAAGAUUAGUUCCUACUUUUGGUAAAAGUUUUAGAAAUUACUUGAAAUUAUAAUGAAUGUAUUAAUUCUGUACUAGCUGCACUUGGUUUGUACAAUAUAUUUCAUAUGUAGUAAACAUAAGAA